UUUCCACGAAUUAAAUAAGGAUUCAAUUUUUUCUGUCAAAUAGGAAACUUAAAUGUUAAGCUGAACAAACAUUUUCAUAUGAUUUAAUUGGAUUAUAAAUGAGGACAAAUGAGAACUUGUCUCAAAUGAGAAAAUCUGAAGUCUGAAGUUUGAAGAAAACUUACUUCAAAACAUGGUGGCAGCUCAGUAAGACUGUUCAUUUUUACUAGUCAUUAGAAUUUUAAGAAGCUUAUUCUGCAGGAGUGUUUGAUACAAUUUGUAAACACCAAACCAAUAAGCUUCAAACAAAUUGAAGGAUGACGUCUGAAGAAACGCAGAUUCCGGAGGAACUGAAGGGUUGUUAUGAAAAUCUUAUUGUGAUCGACAUCGGCGCAAAUCUGACAAACAAAAAGUAUGGUCGCGAUCUCGAUUCAGUAAUUCAAAGGGCGAAAGAUGCAGGCGUACAAAAAAUAAUGGUAACAGGCACAUCAGUCAGAAAUAGCAAAGAGGCACUGCGAUUGACUCGAUUGUACCCUGGAACUAUAUAUUCCACAGCAGGCGUGCACCCGCACGACGCCAAGUCGAUGGCGGAGGAGGAGCUGUGGGCGGAGCUGCGGCAGGUGGCGGCGGCGCCCGAGUGCGUGGCGCUCGGCGAGUGCGGCCUCAACUACACCAAGGACUUCUCCGAGCCCCACGUGCAGCGCGCCGUCUUCAAGCGGCAGGUGGAGCUGGCGUGCGAGCUGCAGAAGCCGCUGCUGGUACACGAGAAGGCGGCGCAGGAGGACGUGCUGCGCAUCCUGGAGGAGGGCGGUGCGCGGCUGCCGCCGGUGGUGGUGCACUCGUUCACCGGGUCGGCGGAGCAGGGCCUGCGCUACCUGGAGCGCGGCUGCUACCUGGCGCUCACCGGCUACGUGUGCAAGGACAAGGCGGCCGACGGCGUGCGCCGCCUGCUGGCCGACCGCCUGCUGCCGCUCGACCGCCUCCUCGUCGAGACCGACUCGCCCUUCAUGUACCCCAACGUGCGCGCCUCCAAGCUGCCGCCGCACGUCAAGUCCUGCCUCACGGAGAGGUCCAUGAACUUCGUGAACCGCUACUGCACGUUCCAGCGCAACGAGCCGUGCGCUCUGCCCGCAGUGGUCGAGCUGGCCGCCGGCUUCCUCGGCCGCAGUGCGCAGGACGUCGCCCUCGCCACCGCAUUCAACGCCCUCAAGCUCUUCGGCCUCAGCCACUGACCCCACCCCCACCCCCACCCCACUCACUGCAGACAUUUUAUAACUAUUUAUGAUUUAUGAUUUACAAUAAGUAAUAUAGAUAUGCAGAUGGGGCGCGAGACGUGAAGACGUGAGCUGCCACUUUAUAUUCUUGCCAAGGAGUGCGACUCGCCCACGCAUCAUGACAAAAUAAUAUUGAUAUUAGUCCAAACGAAGCGAACCACUUGCUAUUAUUAUGUUUUGAUUUUGCAAAAUCAAAGGUUAAUUUGGUAUGAGCGUACCUGAGCGUUGCAGGCUGCCGAGUGUGUGCCGCGUGUGUGUCGCGAGCUUGCCGCGUGCGUGUCGCGUGCGCAUACAUAUAUUGUCCGUUGCUUAUGAUUGUGCUUUGUAUGUUUUAGUUUAUAGUGUAUAGUGUGCGGUUGCGGCUGCGGCUGCGGCUGCGGCUCGGGCCGAGGCUCUGCGCAGAGCAUAUUCCUAUACAAGUAAAGCAAUUAUUUUCACGGAAUAUUGUAAAUAGUGGUAAAUGUGUAGCGAGGGCUGGCUGCUGUAGUCACAACGAAAUCAAAGACUGCAAGUAUUAAAUAAACGACGUGUACAGCUUUUGACAUGUUCUUGUUUUUGUAAUUAAUAUUUUUUUAUUUAUUUAAUAAUGUUUAGCGAAAAGGAGAAGGAGGAGGCGCCGGCGACGUCGACUCCUUUAUUUUUUGACAAUCACUUUGUUUUGUUUGAUGUUAUUUAAGAGUAUCUACUACUAUAUAGUGCCUUCGACAAAACGUCCUUUUGUGAUACGAUAUUAUAUUACUUAGAUAUUGUACAGAUUAUUUCUUGCAAUAAAUAUAUAAAAUUA